AUGCAGCCUGUGCACCCAUCCGGUCCUUGUGCGACCGAGCCGCGUCUAUCGCCCUUGUGUGAGGUACAGCAUGCAGCCAAAGCAGAGAAACCCCAACACUCUAACCCGAGUCAAUCCGAAACACCAGAACUUGAUCAGGAAAAACAAACGAUCAACGAUGAACAGGUCCCCCUUCACAGUGUGAUGCCAAAUGGCGAAAAGACUUUCGUUAUGAUGGCGGGAUCUUUUGCGGCCCUAUUUUCACCUCUGUCCAGCAGUAUUUACCUGCCGGCCCUCCCAUCCCUGGCAAAUGACAUGAAUGUUUCUGUGUCGCUGAUAAACUUGACCAUCACAACAUACCUGAUAUUCCAAGGACUCGCACCUUCCUUCAUUGGUAGCUUUUCAGAUAGCUAUGGACGCCGUCCUGCAUAUAUCAUUGCAUUUGUUAUUUAUCUUGGAGCGAAUAUUGGUCUCGCUUUGCAAAACAACUAUACGGCACUAAUGAUUUUGCGCUGUAUGCAGUCCUCGGGCAGCAGUGGCACGAUCGCAUUAGGGACCGCUGUGAUAGCCGAUCUCUCAACUCGCGCCGAGCGAGGAAAGUACAUUGGAUACGCUGGAAUUGGGAUGGCACUAGGACCGACACUUGGCCCCGUUAUUGGUGGGCUGCUAGAUCAUUUCCUGGGGUGGCGAUCGAUAUUUUGGUUUUUGGUCAUUCUAUCGGGUGUUUGCUUUGUGGUGAUCCUUAUUGUUUUUCCCGAGACAUGUCGAGCUGUCGUGGGAAACGGGUCGGUACCACCUGCCUCGUGGAAUCGCCCCCUCUGGACAUUAUUCGUACGAACAUCACGAUUCGACGACGAACAAGGGACCGCCGAUCACUCCACCAUUCAGGAACUGAAGAAGCGGCCAAACCCAAUUUCAGCUCUCUUGAUAGCCACACAAAAAGAAAUGGGGUUGGUCCUAUUAUACGGGUCAUUUCUGUACGCAGGGUACAUGGCCGUUAUUAGCACUUUAUCGACCGAGUUGGCGAGUCGAUUUGGGUUCAACUCUAUCGAAAUUGGACUAUGCUAUCUUCCCAUGGGUCUUGGAAGCAUAAGCUCGCGCUGGGUAGUUGGCCGACUCUUGGACUGGAACUUCCGCCGCGAGGCACGUUUGCAGGGAAUGACCAUUCACAAGAACCGACAGCAGGAAAUUGAAAAGUUCGAUAUCGAGCGAGCACGCCUGGCGAUUACUCUUCCACUAAUCUAUAUGGCAAGUCUUUGCAUCUUAGCUUACGGUUGGGUGAUGCAGUAUCGAACUUCCCUGGCUGGCCCCCUUGUGAUGUUGUUCUUCACCGGUGUUACAACUACAAGUGCAUUCAACACUUUGACUACUUUGGUUGUCGAUAUCAAUUACCAAAGUGCCGCCACUGCUGCGGCAGCGAACAAUUUAUUUCGCUGCCUUAUGGGCGCUGGAGCCACGGCUAUUGCCUCGCCUUUAAUAAAAUCUAUUGGUAUUGGAUGGACAGCUACAUUUAUCACUGGUCUUUGGGUAUUGGGAAGUCCUGCUCUAUGGAUUGUUUACUACCGGGGGUACCAAUGGAGAAGGGAUCUUGCCCACAAGCACGAGAAAAAAUCCGAAAAUUCUUCUCAUGAUGUCUCAAACCCGCCAAAAGGAAAUGAGCGAUCAGACCAAAAAUGA